AGUAUUGUUUAUAUUUUAACGAUUAUUGUGGUUUCUUUUUAGAUUUAGAUUUUAUUGAAAUAAUGUUUCGGUGAAAGCAUUGAAAUGAACGAAGGAAAAGAAAAUCAGAAUACUAAUAAAAUGGAUGACGUCAGGGCCGGAAACCGUCGUAGUUUGGUCCGAAUGAUCGGGGCUCACUUGCCACUGUCUAUCACCCCACGCCCGAGAUUUGAGAUUCUACCUAACGGAGCUCGGUUAAUCGAUGACGACCAACGGAAAACUUUGUUCUCGUUGUCCGAUAUUUGUCAACUCAUAGAUAUUCCGGACGUCUUCGGACGUUCGCAAUCUUGCGAAGAUUUGAAAGAAAUAUCAAAACAACCAGACACCACUAUUAUGACAUCAUCGUCGAUGACAUCACUACCCCCCGAUACCAUGGAAACGAAGAUCACAGCGUUAGAGGACGAGUUGUCGAUGCUACGUUCACAAAUUGCGAUGCUCGUGUCUAACCAAACUAAACAACAAACAGAUCUUUCCACGAGUUUCAACUCAACCAUAAGCUGUGCAGGUGAGCCCGCGUCUUCUUCCACCCCAAUAAAAGCCCCCCCACCCCCGGGAAUCCCCCCACCAUGUAUGCCCCCACCGCCCCCGCCUCCCCCACCCCCCACCACACCAUCAGCAUCAAAACCUCAGUUAUCGGUGGCUGAGUUGAUCAGGCAGCGGAAGCAAGGGAAGGCCUCGUCCACUAAUUGUGAGCCCAGCCAAUCAAGAGGUCCGAUAUCUAUGUGCGACGUUUUGAAAGAUCUUCAUAAAGUUAAGCUAAAGUCCGUUACAAGGUCCCCUGGGGGAACCCCCACAAACAAGAAACCCCUCACCGAACCCAACGCUGCAGACCCCGCUGCUUUUAUAGCCGCUGCGUUGCGUAAAAAGUUCGCCCACCGCAAGCGAUGCGAUUCGCCCAGCGAUUCCCCGGAGCCAAGGAGGAGCAAAGAUAAAGAGUGGGAGGAUUCUCCUCCUAAGUUUGGGCAGCAUUUGCUGAAAAAGCGAGGGCAAGUAAACGACGUUGUAUCAUAGAAAUAACAUUAACAGUUCCAUUCCACAUUGCAUGCCCAUUUUAUCGCAAUAUUUUUCACGAGUUGGUGCUGGAGUGUUGGCUGCCAUCGUUUUAUUUCGUCAUAAUAAAUUUUGUGUUUUAGCAUCAGAUAUUA